AUGACCCAAGAACAGUGCACUCAUAGGAACAAUGUCCAGAGUUCAGAGAAACCCCAAGUGUACAAAGUGGGAAUAUACGGCUGGAGGAAACGCUGCCUUUACUUCUUCGUCCUGCUGUUGAUGAUCCUGAUCCUGGUCAACUUGGCACUAACCAUCUGGAUCCUCAAGGUCAUGAACUUCACCAUAGACGGGAUGGGCAACCUGAGAAUAACAGAGAAGGGCCUGAAACUGGAGGGGGACUCUGAGUUCCUCCAACCUCUCUAUGCCAAAGAAAUCCAGUCCAAACCAGGCCGCCCGCUGUUCCUGCAGUCCUCCAGAAAUGUGUCGGUCAAUAUUGUCAACAGCAACAACCAGCUGCUCACACAGCUCGUCGCAGGAUCCAGUGGAUUUAGGGCACGAGGCAAGAUGCUGGAGGUAAAAUCCACCACAGGGAAGCUCCUCUUCUCGGCCGAUGACCAGGAGGUGGUGGUGGGUGCCGAGAGGUUACGAGUGAUGGGGGCUGAAGGAGCUGUGUUCAGCAACUCAGUGGAGACGCCGCACGUCAGAGCCGAGCCCUUCAAAGAGCUACGGCUGGAGUCUCCCACCCGCUCUCUGCUGAUGGAGGCUCCUAAAGGCAUCCAGAUCCUGGCCGAGGCGGGAGACAUUCAGGCCACCUGCAGGAAUGAACUGCGCCUGGAGUCCAAAGACGGAGAGAUCUCUCUGGAUGCUCACAGGAUUCGUCUGAUGCGGCUGCCAGAGGGGAAGGCCUCCUCCAGCUCCUCAUCCUCUGGGACCAGACAGACUGUCUACGAGGUUUGCGUCUGCCCCAAUGGGAGGCUCUUCCUGUCCCAGGCCGGCACCGGAUCCACCUGCCAGAUCAGCAGCAACGUCUGCCUCUAGGACUGAUAUGUAGACGUACACAGACACCCCGAAAGAAAGACGGACAUAAAUGGAUAUAGGAACACAUGACGUACACACAAAGUCUGCCUCUCGGACUGAUAUGUAAAACACAGACACAUAAAGACAUGCACAUAAUGUCUGCCAGAACUGAUUGAGAUGCACAGGCAGGCGGAUGUAGAUGGACAUAAAGAAACAUAUGGACACAGACACACAGACAUGUACAGUGCACUAUUUGAGCUCAGAGACAGACACUCGGGUUUGAUUGAUAUGGCUUUUUAAAGUCCAGUGACAAAAAUUUUGGAGUGAAGCUGCUGAUAUCUUGUCCCAGUGUUCAAUGCAUUUAACUUUGGCCAUUUUCUUGCCAAAAACUGUCACAAAUGGCAGUGUUUCCCUCCAGAAUUGUAUAAUCAAGGUGGAAAUAUUUCAAUAUUUAUAUUUAAAGAUGUAAAAGUAUCUGAAACAGCAUUUAGACCAUCAUGGGAAGUUCAAACUGUCCACUGAAACUCAUACAAAUUAAUUUUUUAAGGGUUAGAAGCUCUUUAAAGCAGUGUGACCCUCUUCACUUGUUCUGUAGCAGGGAAACUCUGGGAUACAUUGGCCUUUUGAAUUAAGUUAAAUUAAAUCAAAUCACAGGCAAGGUAAUGAAAUAUUAAUUGAAUAAAAAUGUGAAAAGAUAGUAUAAUUUGAUUGCAGGUUUUAAAACCACUGACUGGCUCAUAUGUGAUAAUUAAUGAAAGGCCAAAAUCUGCAAGAUAUCGGUCGAACCCUAACAGAGAGACAUUACACUGCUACGUACACACAACAUACAUAUGCAGACAGACAUGUACAAACACACACACACACACAGACUCACACACGGACACAGAGAGUAGUUUUAUAUAUAAAUAUGAUGUACACGAACAAGCACACACACACUGAUGCAGACUGACUAAGACCGAGAGCUGCAGGGGGUUCAGCAGCGUUUAGGAGCCUCUGGUACAAACUGAGAAGAAAAAGCUCCAAGAGAUUUACUAAAAAGACUAAAAAGAGACUCUCAGAGUGACACUGAUCUCUUCCCUUUUUCCCUCCAGACACUUUCAGUACCUGAAUCAUUAGGGUGAUCACCCACGUCCCACCCUGCCAAAACGUCCUGCCCUCUUCCCUCUGCACACCUGAAAUACCUGAAGGAUUUUGGUAAUGCUGCAUUUGGGGCUCUUAAGUCAUUAUAAGGCACUAUGGGCACAUUAGAAGGACUUUAUGACAUUAUUGUUCAUCAUUUUAAUUGGUCUCAUGACUUUAAAUCUCCAUGAGGUGCAGAUUUUGAGGAGACCUCGAGGAGAUUUUUUUGCUAACUGCAAUUUCAUAUGAGUCAUAGGAAAUACCCGAUCAGGUCUACAAUGUGUUGCAGUGUACUGUAUGUGUAUGUGCAUUUGUGCUCUUAGUGUGCUUAUGAUGUCUUAUAAUAACUUAGGUAAAAUGUGACCAGGUUUUAUUUAUUUUCUUUUAUUUGCAUAUUUUUGUUUGUUUGUUUGUGUUGUGACCAGAUAUGGGUUUCCCUAAAAUGUCUGGGUGCUAGAAGUCAAUCGAGUUGUUUGGACAAAAGUUAAUGCAGCUGAAAGGGACAAGGGCUAUUUUGGUUCCAUCAUAAGUCUGUGAGACCAAGUCUAUCUUAGCCCUGUCAUGAGUCACUUUUUGUGUUAAUGCAUUAAAGUGAAUCAAAGAAAGUCUCGACAACAACUUUGCAUUGACGCUCAUUGAGGCUCUGUGACCUAUUUUUGCAUCCCAGCAUCGGGACUUAGUUUUGGCUCCCAAACCACUAGGAGAGUGAAAGUGUUUCAACAAAGGUGACAAACAUGCCUGCACAUCCUCCUAUGUCAACAGACCAGAGUUAUAAAAAUUAUGUCAAUGCUACUUUCCAGAACAAGCAAGAUCUGCCACAGUUCAUUCAAGGGAAGAGACGUCUUCCCUUUCUUCCACUUCCUAUGUGACAUGACCGCAGCGCAGGUGCUACCGCAUUUUGGUGAAACCCGAUCCUCUGGUCUGGUCUGAGUUUUGGACAAAUAAUGUGUAAUCUCUUGAUUUUUAAACUGAAUGCAGAGUGUGCAGACUAGAGUUGAUUUCAUUUCACUUAAUUUCUGUCAGUGAUCUAUGCUUUAUUUUGACUCCCGAAGUACUGUCUACAUCUCUCCCAUCUUCCCAGUGAUGAGGAAAUCCAUUAAACAGCAACAUGGGCGACAGAUUAUUACUCACACCCUCUUACCCCAGACACAUGCAAAAUGGAGCAAAUCUUGUAAAAAAGAAAAAAAAAAAGUCAUAUUUAAACCAUUUGAACUUCUGAGGUGGUCACCCUACUUGUUUCUUGCACUGGGACAUU